AUGGAAGAAACUGUGACCAGUGCUGUUCCUGCAGGGUCAUCAUAUACACCACCCACACAACAAGUUGUUAUCACCUCAGUGCCUCAGGUUAUGAACAUGAACGUGGGGAUUACUGCAGGGACAGCAACUGUUCCUGCUGUCUCAACAACUGCAAUAACACCAACAACAACAACACCUGCAACGGGGUUUGAUUUGUUUGGUAAAAAGAAGAGAGGGAGGCCAAGAAAAUAUGACUCAGAAGGGAACCUAACAUUAACAUACCAAAAGAAGAGUGCAACAACUCCAACAACUCCAACGAGUUUCACUUUGUCACCAACUUCCCCUUCUGAGUUUUCCAACAAAAGGGGUCGUGGCAGACCAUCUGGGUCUGGUAACUGGCAACUCCUUGCUUCUUUUGGUGAGGUGUUUGCAAGCACGGCUGGUGGGGAUUUUACACCGCAUGUGGUGACUGUUUAUACUGGAGAGGAUGUUGCUGGAAAGAUCUUGUUAUUUGCCCAGAAGAGUCCAAGAGGAAUAUGCAUUCUUUCUGCCAAUGGAGCUAUCUCUAAUGUCACCAUCCGCCAACCUGGUUCUUCUGGUGGCAUAUUGACUUAUGAGGGUCGAUUUGAGAUUUUAUCUUUGUCUGGAUCAUUCACACUCUCUGACAGUAAUGGCAUAAAAAGUCGAACUGGGGGAUUGAGUGUCUCACUAGCUGGCCCUGACGGUAGAGUGAUAGGAGGUGGUGUUGCUGGUCUUUUGACAGCUGCUGGCCCUAUCCAAAUUGUAGUGGGAAGCUUCAUGCCAAAUGGUUACAAGACCCAUAAAAGGAAGUACCAACGUGAACAUGCAGUGGCUUCCCCUACUUCAGCUGGUCCAGAUACAGUGACAGCAGCAAGACCAAUCGCACAAGCUAAUCUUGAUGGUGAAAACAUUCUGAUACCUGUGUCUCAGUUACCAGAUCAAAGCCAGAGAGAACCUGUCAGUGUUACAAGUGAUAAACAGAACCUAGAUGCUACACCUAAUGCUGCUACUUGGAAUGGUUCUGAAGAGUUUUCAGAUCAGAGGAUUUCCCCUGACAUCAAUAUAUCUUUGCCUGAUGAGUAA